AUGUGCAAUCUAAGCCUCACCACCAUCGCCUCUCUGGGCCUGGUCCUGGGUAGCGGCAUUUGCGCUCCCCUCGGUCGGCACGGUGACACUAGUCUUGGUCCAGUGGUCGACAUCUCCAACACACAUCUCCCUGAGAGCAACGAUGGCCUUGAGCACGGCAAGAGAGGCACCAUAGGCGAUACCAUCGACCGUCUGCCAGUCUACGCCGACUCCACUGGUAUUGGCUUGAAGUACGGCGACAACUGGCCCCGUGAUCUCGGUGAGACACAGGCACGACAUGCCAAAGUUGUGGUCGCCAUGGGCAGCGUUCGCCGCACAGACUCUGACAGCGACCUCACCGACAGCGACCUCACCGACAGCGGCACCGACAACAGCGAGGAAGACGGUGUAGCCGUGAACAAGCAGAAGGAUAAGGUUGUUGAUGCCAUCUCUGACGAACACGCCGACCUCAUGCAGCGAAGCCCUGGCCGCUACAGACGCAGCGAAAUCCUCGCGCGAGGCCUUGCCAGCGCUAUACGCGACAACGAGGACGAAUUUUCGACGUUCGACACUCGCGCUAAGCUCAAGCAGGGUGAGAAUGAACUAUCCAGACGUUGCCAUGGCAAUCGCGGUUACAUUGGCUAG